CAACUUCUUUGACAGAAGCAACUUCAACAGGUAGGGAUCAUGAUGUGUUGUUUAGUUAAAUUGAUGGCCAAUAUAUUGUUAUUGUAGAUAUUAUUUCAAACAAACGGGAAAUUGGGCCAAGUAUAUUACAGAACGUACUUUUACAGCUGCUUACGCACACAUCUACAGUUGUGCUCAAUUUUAAUAAAUUAAUUCACCACAAUGGCCAAAGGUCUUCGUUGCAAGUUCCGAAAGAGGAUGAGGAAUGUGAAAAGAGAAAAAUACGGAAAGAAAGAGCUUGAAAGAUUGAAGACAAUGAUUGAGACAAAAGGUGGACAAGAUCAGGAAAUAAAAGAGAUCUACAAAGUAAAAACCGAAACAGAGCUGAAGGCAGAAAUGGAAAAGAAGUCGGAAGAAACCAUGGAACACAGUGGAAAAACGUUCCAUCCAGUUACAUUAAAAGACGAAGAUGGAAAUUACCCAGCUUGGAUGAACCAAAGAGCGAUAAGGCGGCACAAGACACAGUUAAAGAAAUCAGGAAGAGUCAAAUCUAAGACCAAAGGCAAAGGCAAAAACGGAAAAAAGUGAUAUGUAAACUGUUGUAUUAUUUCAAUCAUUCAAAAAUAAUUUAUGAUGUUGACCGCACAGACUAUGGACUUGGAUUACAUCUAAAGGAAAUUGAGUUUGUGCACAGACGUUAUAUAUUACAGAAAUAGCACUAUAUUACUUUUGAUAAAGAACAUUUCUGAAGUUGAAGGCAUGGAGAAUUCAGCAUAGUCCUAUAAAAGUGAUUAAUAUUCAGUUAUUGUAAAAAUCUUGAUGGGUUGUACUUCUUGGAAUUUAAUCAAUACAUUGAAGGUAAAGAGUGUAUGUGGACUUGAUGAUUCCUCGUAAGAUGCUCUUUUAUGGUUAUUCCAGUAAAAUGUCUGCCAGACAAUAGUAUUAUGGGUUUCUCAAUCAGGAAUCGCCAACAGAAGUAAUUCAGUACUCUAUAGUUUACAUAAGAAGCCAAAUUUUUUCAGCACCCAUCAUAGCCGUUUAUUUUUGAUCUUUUCGUAAAGGAUGUGGCCCUAUAAUUUUUGAAGAGACUGUAUGUGUGGUAUGUGCGAGUGUGUGUGUGUGUACUUGGCAUGUAGAGAUAAAGGAAAAUGAUUAAUGAAAACUGAGUGUUACUUAAUUCCAAAGGAAUUGAAUAAAGACAAAUUCUUGCUAUAUUA